AAGGAGAGCGAUCUUUUGCGUGAAGAGGUGUGCGUGCUUAAGUCUCCACUAUGGGCACGACGCGACUGCCUCGCCUGGUGCUGCGUUGGGUCUUCGUGUGCGCGCUUGCCAUCGUUUGCAACAACUGCAACCUCGACGUCGCUGCAUCCAUCGCACCUCGCUCAUAUUUUUCCAGCGCUCGCACGGCUCAGACGCCAAACGACCCUGUCAUCGCUGACGCUGCCAACUUUGCAGUGGAGCAGCUUCGAGACCUGUCGGACUCGGGCAUCUACCAGACCUUGUCGCUCGCGAAGGUUCACGCAGCAGCUACCGAGCUGGGGGAUUUACACUAUGUGAUUCACCUGCAAGUGGCGCUAGCGUCGCCGUAUUUCCGGAGUAAGCGCGAGGUGGAGGACUUCGAGAUGAUGGUGCUGGAGAGCAAGCCGCGCGUUGAAGAGCGCGUCGGUGGCAAGUACAACGCCACGCGCAGCAUUGCCAUCGACGAGUUCCCCGAGAUGGACGAGGACGCGAUUGAGAGCUUCUGGGUGAAGAUGGUGGAGGAGCGGAGGCAGCGGCGUCGCGAGCUGUUCGAGAAGUGGGAGCGUGAGGGAGAGACUGCGGAGGAAUCGCAUGCCGAGACCGAGUCUAGCAACUCCAAGAACGAAGAGCAGGAAACAAAGGCUUCAGUCAAGAAGGUGACCAAGAUGCUGACGAUCGAAGAGCUGCAAGCCAUGCCAGCAAAGCAGCUGCGGCAGCUGCUCACGGCGCCCGAGAGCACGGCGCCACUCCGCGCUGCCAUCUCCGCCAUUCUGGACGAGCGGCUAACGUUGCUGGAGCAGCGAGAAGAGGCUAUGAACCAGCAG